AUUAUGGGAUUAUUAAUGAAGUUAUAUAAAUAGAAGGUCAUCCCUCCAUCAGUUUUAGUGCACCAUAUAUACAUUAUUCAAGAGUUAAGACAGAGUUUAUUUUUGAAAGUUGAAAACAAGGAUACAAUCACUUAUAUCUAGACUUCCAUGGAGUUAGAGGCAAACAUUGAAUCCUCAAAUGAACAAGGCAAGACCUCGUUCCUCAAAACGCUAUUCAAUGGCACCAAUGCAAUCAUAGGAGUGGGAAUACUAUCAAUGCCAUAUGCCCUAGCAUCAGGAGGAUGGUUAAGCUUAAUCUUACUUAUUGCCAUCUCUGGUGCAGCAUGUUAUUCUGGCCUAUUAACUAAACGUUGCAUGGAUAUGAACCCUAAAAUCAAAACCUACGAUGAAAUUGGAGAAUAUGCAUUUGGAAAAAUUGGAAAAACAGUGGUAUCAAUUGUUCUAUAUGUAGACCUUUAUUUGGUUUUAACAGGUUACUUAAUUUUAGAAGGAGAUAAUUUACAUAAUCUUUUCCCUAAGAUGAACAUACAUUUCCAUGGAAUUAGCAUUGGUGGUAGACAAAGUUUUGUGGCCAUCGUCGCGGUGUCUCUUCUACCAACAGUUUGGCUAGACAAUCUAAGCAUUCUUGCUUACAUUUCUGCUACUGGUGUUCUAUCUGCUCUUGUGAUUAUUGGAUCAAUUUUAUGGGUUGGAAUUGAUGAAGUUGGAUUUCAUAACAAUGGUGAACUUUUUAAUUGGAAAGGGGUUCCAACAGCUAUGAGCUUAUUUAUGUUCUCUUAUAGUGCAAAUCCAGUCUUUCCUACCUUGUACACUUCCAUGCAAAAGAAGCAUCAUUUCUCAAAGGUCUUACUCAUUGGAUUUUUGAGUGCAACCCUAUGCUACAUUUCAAUGGCUAUACUUGGAUAUCUAAUGUUUGGUUCAACCAUACAAUCUCAGAUAACAUUAAACCUUCCAAUUCAUGAACUAAGCUCUAAAAUCGCGGUAUAUACAGCAUGGAUAACACCAUUAUCAAAAUAUGCAUUGAUGAUGGAACCAGUUGCAGCAACUACUGAAAGUUGGUUCCCAAAAUAUCAAAAAAAUAGAGGAUUUAAGAUUUUAUUAAGAACUAUCAUAGUUGCUACACAAGUUAUUGUAGCAGUUACAGUUCCAUUCUUUGGAAGUCUCAUGUCACUUGUUGGAGCUUUACUAAGUGCUACAGCUUCAAUCACAAUUCCAUGUUUAUGUUACUUGAAGAUUUCCAAAAAUAGCAGAAGAUCAGUUGAGAGUUUGUUUAUUAUGCUACUUAUACUUUUGAGCAUAGUAAUUGUUGGACUUGGUACUUAUACGUCCUUAAGGAGUUUAAUUAAGGACACUAUUAGACAUCAUAGUCAUUAGGUAUAUUUUAUUAUUAUUGAUGCUUCUUUUAAUUAGUAAAACUAGCUAGUAUUUAGCCCUUGUAAUAUACAAGUUGUAUGACAUUUAGAAUUAUAUAUUUUUAA